CUUAAAAUGCAAUAGGUAAACAAAUAAUACGAAAAUACGAAACUGCUAUGGAAACGUGUUUCUCGAGAACUGUUUGAUCGAUAGUUGUCCAAAAUGAGCGACUGGUUCGCCCAACUAAAAAAGGCAAAGAAGUCCUGUAUCGUCGACGGGAAAUUAAAGAGGGUGCAUUUCGACUUUGGCGAUGGAAGAGAAAUGGUGGAGGAGUACAAUUUGGACACCAACGUGGUCACUCGAAGAGCCUGGAGACACAACAAAGAACUGAAAGGCGAGGACAAGUGGGAAGUCGAAAUCGGAGAUCCAGAACCAGUAUACAAUAAAGAAGAAACCGUUUUAAUUCGUGAGAAUUCGAACCAGCCAUUCGUGAGUAGAAGAAUCACAAGGACGAACUUGGAGUGGCGUAUCAGGAAUUUGCCGUAUCCCAUAGAAACGUAUUCCGUGACGGCCGAGCCGGAUAGUAAGAAUCUCGUGGUAAGGACCGCCAACAAGAAGUAUUUUAAGAAGCUCCCGAUACCAGAUCUGGAUAGAUUGAAUUUACUUCCCGAGCAGGAGAAUAUAUCUUUUUCGCACAAAUUUAACACGCUUAUAAUAACAUAUAAGAAACCGAAGGCUUUGGUAGACUUGGAGAAAGCAGUUUUACAAGAAAUCAAUGAAAUACAACCUAAAAAUCAGGAUAUGAUGAACUGUAAACCCAGUUAAAAUAUUUUUUUUUAAUUACAAUAAUAAAAUUGUUUUUUUUUUAAUAAUA